UAAAUGUUUGCUUUGCCUGUGCUUUCUUCUUAAUAAAUGAUAUCGAGUGCAUAUGCAGGCGCUCACCUCGUGUUUGCAGCAGAGUGGUUCUGGUGGUCAGAGAGGCCCAAACCCAAAUAAACCCCAAAACCUGAAACGCUCCCUCUGCCUGGAGCCGGCGAUGGAACCUGAGGCCAGAGCCGUCCGCAACCCCAAACCAGAACUGCUCUCACCUGGGUGACUGACGCCCACACCCAGCCAAUCAGAGAGAGGACAGCAGUGGGGAGGGGGGGUGACUGUCAGGUUUGCUCUGGGAGACACCCGCAGGCCUCUGUAUGAAACUGCAGCCCUCGUAGAGGACAUCGUACACACACAGCUCAUCAACAUGCUGCAUCAGGCCUGUGAGGGCGCUUCUCUUCGAGGUUCAAGGGUCAUUUCAGCUGAGGACAUCCUGUUCCUGAUGAGGAGAGACAAGAAGAAGCUGGCGCGAGUGUUAAAAUAUCUCCAGUUUAGAGAUUACAAAUCCAAACUAUUAAAAAAUCUAGAGGAAGAAGAUGUGCAGCAGGAGCCAGGGGGUCUGGCUGCUGGGGGGAAUCAGCGCCGGCAGCGACUGGCCCAGGAUUUCCUGGCAUGGAUGGACCAAACUGGAGAAUUCCUUUCAUUGGCUGAGAAACAGGAAGUUGACCCAGUCAAACAGGAGAGGAUGGAGCGUUUGGAGCGACACACUCGAAACAUGGAUCCUGCUCAGUACGCAGAGUUCUGCGAGAGCCGCCAGCUGAGCUUCGCCAAGAAAGCUUCAAAGUUUCGGGACUGGCUGGACUGCAGCAGCCUGGAGCUGAAACCCAACAGCAUUGCCACGGAGAUCCUCUCAUACCUGGCCUAUGAGACGGUGGCACAGAUUGUAGAUUUGUCUCUGCUAGUGAAGCAGGAGAUGACGGUGAAGAACAAUCCUGUCAGCCAUGUGAUCUCAGCCAGCUACAUCCACUACAACACACACACCGAGGUGAAGAAAGAUCCAGAUUCACCUGAAGCCACGCCCCCAUCCACUCCAGGCUCCUCCCACUCAUCGAAGCCCCUCCUACAGGGAAACGGCAGCAUGGACAGCCGAGCCAGACAGAGGAAACGGAAAAAGAGCUCUCCGGCCACAGUGGAGCCCCCUAGUGGAGCCAUCCAGCCGUGUCACAUCAGAGAGGCCAUCAGACGAUACAACUACAGACACACGGUGGGUACACAGCAAAAAACACUCUACCUGCGUUUUCAUUGUGCAAAUUCAAAUUUCGAAAAUAAAUUUGCUUAAUGGAAACAUGGCCAUUUUGAAAAAGCUCACAGUAUAAUUUUUGCGCUAGAAUGAGGCGGUUUUUCAGCUGUAUCGAAAUUAUUGUAUUUUGCAUGACUGCAACAGAAACUUUUUUUGCAUCACACGAGUCACGUGAUAAACAACCAGAUGUUACUAUUGGCCCAAACCAGGAAGAAGACAGGAAGCAGUUGGACGAUGAUGGUGUGUGACUUAUCGUGUGAUUUGAUAAUGAAAACACCACAAUUGGAAAUUGUGGGGUUUUUUUUCUGACUUUAGCAGAAUAUUGGCAAAGGUGUACGCACAUUUAUAAUAGAAACACAGCUAGUGAUGUGUAACUUAAGGUUGAACCUUUUAAAACGUUGGACUGGCUUCUUGUUUUUGAUAGAUUCUUUGGAUUCAGUCAUGAAAAUCUUACGUACGCACUUUAUUUUGGUGGUGACAGUGGACAUGUGAAUUCUACUUUACAUUUGUGGCAGGGGCUCACCGAUAAAUUCUCCCAGAUUUUCUUAAUUUUGGUUGAUCGGCUGAUAUUUACAUGAGAAACUGAUCUUAUGAUUUCUCAUGUAGCAAGAUCAGAUCACAGAGGUCUGAACAUCAGCCACCAGCUGAGUUUCUAUUGACCUUAAAAUUGCGCAAAUUGGAAUUACAAAAAAUAAAUGUAUUUGUUGGAAACACAUCAAUUAAGAAAAAAAAAAACUUUCAGUAAAAAGUUUUUGUGCUAGAUGUUGUUCUGACCUAUCGAAAUUAUUUUUUGCAUCACUCAAGUCAUGUGAUGAACUGGAUGUUACUGCUGGGGGGAAAAGACAACAGGAAGUGGUAGGAGGAUGAUGGUGUCGUUUCUUUUAUAUUUAAUUAUAGCAUGAACAAACACCACAAUAGUGAAAUUGUUUAUAACAUUAGCAGAAUAGCAAUAAAGUUAUUACAUAUGUAAUGGAAACGCUAUUAGUGUGAACCAUUUGCUCUGCCUAGAGGGCUGUAGUGACCCAUCCACUUUGUCAUGUAGUUAACAGUCAGUCCACUGUCCUUGUUGCUAUAUUUAGUGACUAUUCAACCAAAACAUACAGUCAGUAAUGGUAAAGAUAUGUGAUUGGUCAGAAAACUGCAAGUAGAUUGAGGGUCGUCAAAAACUAACAGCUGUCAGUUGUGAUUAUGAAAGUGUGGUAAUAUUUGACUAAUAUUUUUAACUUUUACCAUUCAGGUUGUGUGAACUUUGACCUAUGGUGACCCACCUCUUUUUUUCAGAGUGCGUACAGGAGGAGUGGGAUGGCUUUCCUCACCUGCUGAAGCAUCAGAGUUUCUAUCCAUUUUCUUGUCGUUUGGUUCAUUUUUAGUAAUAAAGACUUAAACAUGCAUACAAGGACUUAUGGGUUUGAUUGAUGAAAAACUUUAUUGGUCACUAGUACAGAGAUGACGACUAUUGAACAUGCUCAAAACGCAGCUUGGGGCAUCACAGCAACAUCAGCACAUAGAGGCAGAGCUUCUCAGAGGUUUGAAGCGAUGAUCAGGAAAAAA